UGAUUGGCCGUCAAAACCGACCCAACCCAAAAAAAUAGACUCCAACAAGAAGCCAUCCCUACUUAAUAAAGGACUUUGCUUCCAAUCCAAAAUCAAACCCACACCCUGUUUCUCUUCAUCGGAAAUUAUUAUAGACUGUAGUUUUUUCUCACAUUCAUCAUGUUUGGUCGGGCUCAUAAGAAGAGUGACAGUACAAAGUAUUAUGAAGUUCUUGGUGUUCCACAAUCUGCAAGUCAAGAAGAACUGAAGAAGGCAUACCGGAAGGCCGCUAUAAAAAAUCAUCCUGACAAAGGUGGAGAUUCUGAGAAGUUCAAGGAACUGUCUCAGGCAUAUGAAGUUCUUAGUAACCCUGAAAAGCGAGAAAUUUAUGAUCAAUAUGGUGAAGAUGGUUUGAAAGAGGGUUUAGGAGGAGGCGGCAGCGCCGGUGGGAGCCCUUUUGAUAUCUUCGAUCAGCUUUUUAACGGUGGUGGUUUCGGAGGAGGUUUUGGGGGGGGUGGUAGUUCAAGAACUAGGAAGACCCGAGGAGAAGAUGUAACACAAGUCCUAAAGGUUUCUUUGGAGGAUGUGUAUAAUGGCACGACAAAGAAACUCUCCCUAUCACGGAAUGUAUUAUGCAAAAAGUGCAAAGGGAAAGGUACGAAAAGUGGUGCAUCAUCAACAUGUUAUGGGUGUCAAGGUUCAGGGAUGAAGGUGACGACUCGACAAAUUGCCCCAGGAAUGAUUCAACAAAUGCAGCAUGUUUGUCCUGAAUGUAGAGGCUCUGGUGAAUCAAUCAAUGAAAGGGAUCGAUGUCUACAGUGCAAGGGAAAGAAGGUUACAUCGGAGAAGAAAGUUCUUGAAGUUUAUGUUGAAAAGGGGAUGCAGGAUGGUCAAAAGAUAACGUUCGAGGGGCAAGCUGAUGAAGCCCCCGAUACUGUUACCGGAAACAUUGUUUUCAUUCUACAAUUGAAAGAACACCCCAAGUUCAAGAGAAAACAAGAUGAUCUUUAUGUGGAACACAAUGUCAGCUUAACUGAAGCUCUUUGCGGGUUUCAAUUUGUUCUCACUCAUCUUGAUGGCAGACAACUACUUGUCAAAACGAACCCUGGAGAAGUCAUCAGACCCGAUCAAUACAAAGGGAUCAAUGACGAGGGAAUGCCACAGUGGGGAAGACCUUUCAUGAAGGGGAAGCUAGUGAUUCAUUUCAAUGUUGCAUUUCCCGAAACAGGGGCUUUAACCCUUGAGAAAUGCAAGAUUCUUAAGACCAUUUUACCCUCUGUUGGUGCAAGCACGAGUUUAUCUGAAAUGGCCUUGGAUGAUUGUGAAGAAACCAUAUUACAUGAUGUAAACAUGGAAGAAGAAAUGAGGAGGAAAGAGCAUCAGAGGCAUCAGGAAGCUUAUGAUGAUGACGAGGACGAUGAGCCUGGGAUGCAUCGUGUGGGUUGUAAUCAGCAGUAAGUCUUUCGGCGUUACAAAAAUGGAGAUUGGCUAUCACAAUAUCGUGAAAGCUUUUUGGCUGAUUUUGUUAAACUUUUUUGUUCUUGGUUCUCUAAUUUUUUUAUUUUUAUUUUUAUUUUUUUUGCGAUUUUGAGUUUGACCCUGAUUUUGUUUGUUGAUUUUAGGCCUUUAUGUAAUAUUCAAUUUUUAUAAAAUUGAUUCUUUUUGCAGUC